AUGGACUCAUUCAACAUGAGCAGCUUCAGUAGAGGACCCUUCAUUCUGAUGGGCAUUCCAGGGCUGGAAGACUUUCACAUCUGGAUUAGUAUCCCUUUUUGCAUCAUCUACCUUGUGGCCAUUGCAGGUAACUCCAUCCUGCUGUACCUCAUCACUGUGGAACAUAGCCUACAUGCACCCAUGUUCUACUUUCUUGCUAUGUUAACAGUCACUGAUCUUGUCUUGUCCUCCACUUGUGUCCCCAAAACUCUCAGCAUAUUCUGGCUUGGACCUCAGGAAAUUGCCUUCUCCAGCUGUCUCACUCAAUUGUUUUUCCUCCACUAUAGUUUUGUCCUAGACUCUGCCAUCUUGUUGGCCAUGGCAUUUGACCGCUAUGUGGCCAUCUGUUCGCCACUGAGAUAUACAACCAUCCUGACACCUCAGGUCAUUGUCAAAAUUAUGGUGGGCAUCUCCUUCAGGAGCUUCUGUGUAUUUGUCCCUUGUGUUUUUCUGGUAGAUAGGCUACCUUUCUGCCGAACACACAUUAUCCACCACACAUACUGUGAGCACAUCGGUGUGGCCCGGCUUUCUUGUGCUGACAUUUCCAUUAACAUCUGGUAUGGUUUUUGUGUGCCAAUUAUGACUGUCAUCAUAGAUGUUGUCCUUAUUGCCAUCUCCUACACACUCAUUCUCAAGGCUGUCUUUCGCCUCCCUUCUCUUGAUGCUCGUCAGAAGGCUUUAAGCACCUGUGGCUCCCAUGUUUUUGUCAUCCUUAUGUUCUAUAUCCCAGCCUUCUUCUCUAUCCUUGCUCACCGCUUUGGGCACAAUGUACCUCUCACCUUCCACAUUAUGUUUGCCAACCUCUAUGUUGUCAUCCCUCCUGCCCUCAACCCAAUUAUUUAUGGAGUGAAGACAAAACAGAUAAGGGACAAGGUUUUCCUCUUGUUUUCUAUAAAGGGAACAAAGUGA